AUUUUCCUGUUUAUCUGCCAACACACUCACUCAUACAUGCUAUCGCAUUACCCAAACCACUGUCUAUUUCUCAUAUAACUCUUAACUACUACCCUUCUUUUCUUCUCUUCUCUUCUUUCUCUCUCUCUUUCUUACAUUUUUCUAUUUGGGGCUUCAUUCAAUGAAACUUAGCAAAUCAUGGCUGACAAAUGUGAUCUCCAAAUCCAUAUCAAUGCUCAACAAACAUUCUUUCUCAAUCAGAAAAUUGUCUCAGCUUUCUCAGGGAAACUUAGAAAGUUGAUCAAACAAGAAAAGAAAAGAACCCAUAUGAAGAAUUUGAGUUUUUCACUUGAAGAUUUCCCAGGUGGUACAGAUGGGUUUGAGCUUGUUACAAGAUUUUGUUACAACAAUGGCAGAAUUCCAAUCACAGUUCACAAUGUUUCCCACUUAUAUUGUGCUUCAAUUUUUCUGGGUAUGACUGAUAAAUUCUCAAAUUGCAAUUUAUUGCAACAAUCUGAAACUUUUCUUGAAGGGAUGUUUCAUUGGUCUUGGAAUGAUGUGCUUAUUUGCAUAAGAAGUUGUGAAUCAUUCUUUUGUUAUGCUGAUUCAAGUAACCUUAUUGAUAAACUUGUUACAACUUUGCUUGCUAAAAUUGCUCAAAACUCUGAUAUUUCCCUGAUUUUCUCAUCAAAUUCUUCAUCUUCAUCUUCACCUGAUAACACUAUCAUGUCCAGAAGAAUUCGGCUUUCGAAUUCAUCAAGUAAAACCACACCAGAUUUGAGCAAACCAUUAUCUUCAUCAAGCACUAAUAAUACUACUACUUGUAGUAACACCAAAGCAUGGUGGUUUGAUGAUUUGUCUACACUUUCUCCAAUGGUGAUAGAGAGGGUUAUAAGGAGUUUAAGUGCUUUUGGGAGUGACAAUAACAGCUUAUUGCUUACAAAAUUUCUCCUACACUACCUUAAAAUCGCGCUAACGAGCAAGAAAACCGGCUCCAUUUACUCGAAAUCUGAUUACAGUGGUCUUGCUGAUACUGCAGUUUAUGGUGUGAUUUUGAUGGGGAAAACUGCAUUUUCUUGCAGAGCAUUGUUUUGGGUGAUGAGACUUGUAUCUGGGUUUGGACUUACUAAAGUUUGUAGAACUGGGUUGGAGAGAUUGAUUGGAAGUAUGAUUGACUUGGCCAAAUUAGAUGAUUUGUUAAUAUCUGGUCAUAGUACUGGUAGUAGUACUGAAAGCAGUAAUACUGUUUCUGGUGUUUAUGAUGUUAAUCUUGUGAUAAGAUUGAUUAGAGUUUUUGUACAUUGUGAUGGUGUAUCAUUACAAAGAUUGAAAAAAGUUGGUUGGUUGGUGGAUCAGUAUUUGGCAGAGAUUUCACCUGAUCAAAACCUUAAGAUCUCCAAAUUCAUAGGUGUUGCACAAAGUUUACCAGAUUUGGCAAGGGAUUGCUUUGAUGGUGUCUACAGAGCCAUAGAUAUCUACCUUGAGUCUCAUCCAACCCUCUCAUUCGAAGAACGAUCAAGGUUAUGUCGAUGUCUUAACUAUGAAAAAUUAUCAUUGGAAGCAUGCAAAGACCUAGCAAAGAACCCAAGAAUCCCUCCCAGGGUUGCAGUUCAAGCACUUGCUUCUCAGAAACAUGCAAAUUACGAACCCCCAACAAAGCCAGAACAAUUGGAAUAUUAUUGUGAAAGUCCUAGCAAAAACAAGAUGAGCAACAAACAAAUUGUUGUAUAUGGAUCAAAAGAUGCAACAACACCAAGAUAUGAUGAUGAACAAGACCUAGAGGAUGAUGAAUGUAUCUCACAAGGAAGUGAAGAUAUGAAGUUGAAUAUGCAAAGAAUGCAAUAUAGGGUAUUAGAAUUGGAGAAAUUGUGUAGAGAAAUGAAGGGGCAAAUGACCAAAAUGGUGAGGCAUAACAAAUCAUUGAACUCCCCUACAUAUAAUAGACCACCUAGACUUUGUUAAUUCCCUUUUCCUUAUAACCUUUUCCCUAUAAGUGUAUAAGAUGAUGCUUUUUUUUUUCUUCUUUUCCUCCCCACAUUUCAUGUGUUUAAAUUUUUUGUCUCUAAUAUUGGUACAAGUUUGUAAAUUUGAGGGCAUGCUUUGUUGUAUUUCAAUAUAUAAUGAAGUUGAAAUAUUA